GGUGCGGACAUCUCGAAUACCUCUUGUGCAGACUGUGGAGCGCGCAAGACAGAAUGGUGCUCAAUCAAUUUAGGGAUUGUUCUAUGCAUAGAGUGUUCCGGAAUCCAUCGUAGUUUGGGCACGCAUAUUUCAAAAAUAAGGUCUCUUACCUUAGACACAACUUCUUAUACACCUGAUCUUAUUCAAUUAAUUAAAUCAAUCGGAAAUGCACGUUCAAAUGCUGUUUGGGAAGCUACACUUUUAACAAAUGAGCAACAUGCAGAUAAUCCACCUAUGUCGUCUUCAAAACACGGUUCUCCACCACAAGAUCCGCCAAAAUUUUAUUAUAUUGCCGAAACAGCUGCAGAUUCCGAUUGGGAAGAUCUCAUUAAUAUGAUAACACCUUCCACUCGUGUUCCGUCUUCAUCUUCUUCCACGUCACUCCCUUCAUCACUUACAUCAUCACCGACUCCAAAAAAGCCUCAAACCAUUCAUAAACCAACAAGUACCGAUACUCGUGAAGUUAAAAAAAAAUUUAUCACAGCUAAAUAUGUAGAUCGGGCAUUUGUCGAUUUUUCUCUUGUUGACGAGGAUAAAACGGCGACAGAUCUUCUUUUUGAGGCUGUAAAAGCAAACGAUAUACCUUUAGCGAUGCAAGCUAUUGCGUUGAGAGCCGACGUAAAUGCUGCACGUCGAUUCGAGGUGCUGGAAGAUCACGGAUUGAAAACGCCAUUGUUAUUGUCUUUGCUCCAUAUUGAACCUUCGAAAAUGGUAACAGAAGAAGGAAGAACGCUGUUUCCUAUGGCUGAGUUAUUAUUACAAAACGGAUGUUACGUUGAGAAUGCUUUAUAUGACAAUCUCGAGGAUGUGCUUGGUGUAGCAUCGCAGCCUAUCGUACGAGGUUCAGCAAAGAGUGUUGGAACUUGGGCAACGGAGGUUGUUAAUGAUAUGAAGAAAUCAGGAAAAACCGUUCUAGAUGUAGUACAAGCAAGUGGAAACAUCGCAGCAAUAAGAUACAUUACACCAAAAGUACUUGCCAGAGGAACUCCAAGUGUUACAAAUUCUACUUCAUUAUCCACAACAAGUACUGGUGGUGUAGUAAAUGGCAACAUUACAGAAAAAAAGUCAUCCUCAAACUUAGGUCGUUCCAUAUCGAUAUCAGUUAGGAAUGUAUUAUCAUGA